AUGGCCGACCCGUUCGAAGUGCGUAUGCGCUUCACCUCGCAGCUGCAACACCUGAACGCAUCCGUCGCUUCCGCGCAGAAAGCUGCCCAGUAUGCCCUCAAGUACAAAGACAUGGACGAGGAUUUGCACUCGUGUAUCCUUGAGCAGCUUGAACGGAACAACAUGAACACCCGUGCCAACAUCAUGUACUUCAUCGAGCACUUUCUCGACUUAGCACAGCGGGAUGGUCAUUCCGACUACAUCCGCAUGAUGCAGCGCGACAUCAUCCGUGUUGUCGACGCUGUUGCCCCGGACGAUGGUUCCGGAGCCGCAAAUGUGAAAGUCGUACGGAAGGUCCUGCAGGGUCUUCUAGGAAAGGGGUACCUUGAGGCGCAAGCCGUAAGCCAGAUUGAGGAUGUCAUCAAGGAACGAGAAACCAAUGUCGACGACCUUGGCCUGGCCUCGCCGAAUGGCGAUGUUGAGAUGGCAGAUAUUCCUCCCUCACAGACCAUUCCCAAACCAGGCCGGCGGACCGCACCUCAACGACUAGACAAACGCCAGGUUGAACAGCGCAUUGAAGAGGAUCGUGAGCGUCACAAGCGUGAGCGCGAAAGCAUCUGGGCCAUUCCCAAGGUUGACAAUGCGGAGAUGGACAAGCUAUGGGACGAGACGAGCGAUUUUGGCGAGGACGAUGAUAGACUACUCAGCGAGGAAUUGGAUGAUUUCCGGAAAGAGAUGGAGACACAACCAUGCCAGCAUGAAAAGGCAGCAAAUGGCAACCACCACUGA